AUGGCCCAUUUCUUCUUCUCUCGCUCCAAAUCUCAGUCUGCGUCGCCUCAAUCCCCGAAAUCUCCUACAAAGUCUUCUUCGCACAAGAAGCCCUCCUCUUCUUCUUCCUCCCCCUCCAAAUCCCACUCUCGCUCCUCCUCCAACCCCUCCACCAACUCGCCUUCAUCCCGUCCCCGCUACCCGCAUCGCCGCUCUCACGAUCCCAACUCGCACCCGCUCAAUCUCCCGCCCGACGAGCUCCGUCGCCUGUCAGCCAUGGCCGCCGCCGCUGCUGCUGACCCCCGCAGGUCUAUGGACCUCGACACUCCUUCCUCUCCGGCCCAGGCCGCCCCCGAACAGCCUCACCAGAAGAGUCCGACCCCGCCACCUCAUCGGUCCAAUGGUACCUCAGAUGAAGCCGACAAUUUCAAGCUGGCCGGAAACAAGCUAUUCAAGGACGGAAACUACAACCGCGCUAUUGAGGAGUUCACCAAAGCCAUCGAUCUAAACCCCAACUCAUCAAUCUACCGAUCAAACCGCGCUGCGGCGAACCUGGCCGCCCACCGAUACUACGAUGCCCUUGAGGACGCAGAACGCGCAAACGAGCUGGAUCCCGGCAAUCCCAAGAUUCUGCACAGACUGGCCCGCAUCCUGACGGGGCUGGGUCGCCCCGCCGAAGCCCUCGAAGUCCUUGACCGCAUCCAACCACCCGCAUCCGCGGCAGACCGACAGAACCCGGAGAAGAUGCUGCGCUUCCUCAACCAGGCAAAGGAGACUCUGGCCGAAGACCGCGGCGUGUCCAUGGUGGUGUUCUGCAUCGAACAGGCGCGACAGUAUCUUGGGCCCGGCGUGAAGGAGCCCCGUGCGUGGACGCUGAUGGCGGCCGAGGCGCAGUUGAAGAUGGCCACGGGUAACUCUUUCGGCAAGGCCCAGGAUAUUGCCAUCAACUUGCUCCGAGAAAACAACCAGGAUCCCGAUGCGCUUCUCAUCCGCGCACGGGCCUACUACGGCCUCGGUGAGACGGACCAGGCGCUCAAGUCUCUCAAGCUCUGCCUCGGGCUGGAUCCCGAUAUGAAGUCGGCUAUCAAACUUCUGCGAAUGGUUCAGAAGCUCGUCCGGACAAAGGAAGAGGGCAACACCGCCUUCAAGGCCAAGGACUACCGCAAGGCGAUUGAGCUGUACACCGAAGCCCUCAACGUGGACCCCGCCAACAAGGACAUGAACGCCAAGAUUCUGCAGAACCGUGCUCAGGCCUACAUCAACCUAAAGGAGUACGACGAUGCCAUCAACGACUGCACGGAAGCCCUCCGGCUUGACCCUACAUACUCCAAGGCCCAGAAGAUGCGCGCCAAGGCCCACGCUGGCGCCGGUAACUGGGAAGAGGCCGUGCAGGACUACAAGGCUGUUGCUGAGGCGAACCCCGCUGAGAAGGGUAUCGCGGAGGACAUUCGCCGCGCAGAGUUUGAGCUCAAGAAGGCGCAGCGCAAAGACUAUUACAAGAUUCUAGGCGUCGGCAAGGACGCCACGGAGACAGAGCUCAAGAAGGCCUACCGCAAGCUGGCUAUCCAGUACCACCCCGACAAGAACCGCGACGGCGCAGCAGGCGAUGAGAAGUUUAAGGAAAUUGGUGAAGCCUACGAGACUCUGAUUGAUCCUCAGAAACGCGCUUCCUACGAUAACGGCGACGACCUCAUCGACCCAGCCGACAUGUUCUCCCGCGGCGGCUUUGGCGGCAUGGGAGGCAUGGGCGGUAUGGGAGGAAUGGGAGGUAUGGGUGGAAUGGGCGGCACGCACAUCAACAUCGACCCGAGCGUGCUCUUCAACAUGAUGAACGGCGGCGGUGGCGGCUUCGCCCACGCCGGCGGCGGCAACCCCUUUGGCGGAGGUGGUCAGUCCCGCGGGUUCCCUGGCGGAUUCCCGUUCUAA